AUUUUUUAUUUGCACGCCAUCUGAAGCACAACGCCAUCAUUCGAUCGCAAGUUUAGCUCUCGACCGUUCGCCGCCUCGAUCCGAUACUCGUAUUUGGAAUGAACAACAAUAAAAUCGCCACAAAUAAAGUAAACGGUCCAAACAAGUGCCAGAGUGACAAAUAAGUCGCCUAAAUGCAGCCGCCACAGAUGAAUCAAAUAAUUUUUGUCAAUAACUAAGCGAAACAAGCGAUAACCGUUAAGCCCAAAACUAAAAAAGGCCUGAACACCUGAAUCAAAAAUUGAAAAUCUAAAAUCGAAAACUUACAAAGGCGUAUCAAGAAAAAAACUCUACAACUCUAAAACCAUAUAAUCCAAAGGAGCAAAUAAAAAAAGAAUCAUCAAAUAACAGCGCACAACACACAACAGGAUUAAGAACUCCAAAAAGGACUUAAGCUUUCAAGGAAACAUUUAAAUUUGGCGCCCAACCGCUGAGCUUUUGCAACACUUUCUGAACUUUUUUGCUGCAUCCCUGGUAACGGGCUGUCAGCUGUCAAUUUUGCCCCAAGUGGCUGUGUGUUUGUGUUUGUGUGUGCGUGCGUGUUGCAAAAUCGCGGCGUUGCAGCCAAAAAAUUCGCGUUUCGCCCUCCGAAAUUGUUAAUAAUUUUGAUAAAGCGGGCCAAAAAGACUGCAUAGGGUAGCCUGCAACGGCGGCAGCAGCCCCCAGGCGAACGGCAAACAGGCAAACGCAGCAGCGGCGCAGCUAAGCGGCCAGCAAAUCGACAGAAUAGUAUCGCGUUGUGUGCGCGCGGUGUGUGUUUUGUGUGUUAUUUUUGGAAUUAAGAAUCAAAUACGGGCGCUAGGCGGCUGGCAAAGUGUGCCGCGGCCGGAUUUCUGAUUUCGGAUUGCUAGGCAAGGUAGACGCAAUAAUAGACGCGCGCGGUGCCUUGGAUUUCUACGGCUCCACGGUGGAGAACUUUUACCUCAGAAUGGAUCCGACGCGGGGCGACUCGCGCUACAACCUCAACUACUCGAUGAGUAGUAUAGGUCUCAGUCUCGCCGACCAGGCGGACAUGUACGGCAAUCCGGCGGUGGCCGCCCUGGGUGCCCGUCCGCCCUCCGGCGGCCUCCUCCAGAACAUGGGCGGCCCGUCGAUGCAGCGACCGAAUCCCGGUGCCGGUGGUCCACCCACUGGCCAGUGUCAGACCCUGGGCAACAGUCAGACCUCCCACCACAGCCCCCAGCAUGCCUCCCAGCAGCAGCAACAACAACAGCAGCAGCAACACCAACAACAGCAGCAACAGCAACAGCGGGGUCUGAAGCGAUCGGGAAGCGACUGCUAUGAGGAUCAUCAUCGGUCCGCCGGAGGUGGACUCACGCUCCAGGGCCUGGACAACUGCGGCGCCGCCGGGAGCGUCACCAGUGCCGGCGUGGACGACAACGUCGAUGGCUACAACCCGCUGCCGAACAAAAAAUCUCCGCCCGCCAACGGCAAGAAGACAAAGGGACGUGUCAAAAUCAAAAUGGAAUAUAUCGACAACAAGCUGCGUCGCUACACGACCUUCUCCAAGCGCAAAACUGGCAUCAUGAAGAAGGCCUACGAGCUGUCCACUCUGACCGGAACGCAGGUGAUGCUACUGGUGGCCAGCGAAACGGGCCACGUCUACACAUUUGCCACGCGGAAGCUCCAGCCGAUGAUCACCUCGGAGGCGGGCAAGCAGCUCAUCCAGACCUGCCUCAAUUCGCCGGAUCCGCCGAGCGUCGGUGGCGGCGACCAACGGAUGUCGGCCACGGGCUUCGAGGAGACGGAGCUCAGCUACAACAUCGCCGACGAGGACUCCAAAGAUGAGCGAUCGCCGACAUCGUCGGGCAACGAAUCGGAUGACUCCUCCGACGUGGAGAUGCCGGGUGCCGAGGUAAUCGAGGUGGCCAGCAGCAAGGCGGUGGCCACGGUGGCCAGCAAAACAGAGGUUGCUCCUGCCCCGCCAGCCGCAGCGGGAAGUUCCGGGGCAACGGCAACCACCUCAGCCACGGGAGCGGGCUCCAAGCCCAUGCCAGCGUUGAACUAUCAGACUGAGAACGGACCUUCGACGUCCACAGGAGCGGCAGCGGGAGCAUCAGGAGGAGGUGCCUCGGCGGACAGCAAGUAUGUCUAUCCAGCCGCCUCGUUUGCCAACAUACCGCCCAAAAUGUUGAGGCAACUGAUACGGACCGGACACUUGCAACUGCACGCUGAGGAAGAUGGCAACCAAUAUGUGACCAUACCCCUCAGCUCCACAGCUGCCAACCUAAUCAAAAGUAAUAAGCUAACAACCUCCAGCGGAACAGCAACAGGAUCAGGGACAUCGACUGCCAGCAAAACGGAUCCAAGUGCCGAACAACCUUUGACCAUUAAACAGGAAUAUGAUUAGCAACCGAAGCUACACACUGCUUAUCCCGAACCGGAAACUGAAAACUGCGUUUAUCCACAGGCCCAAGCUUACAAUCCUCAUGGAACCUUCAGCAGGAGAUGCCCAUCACACACACUCUCUAUUAAAGUCUAUCCAAAGUCUAUUUCAUGUCAUCAUCCAAUGGUGACCUCGAUCGCCUGCUAAGUCUAAGUCAUACUAUAUCUACUAUAUCGUAUACAUAUACUAUUUUUAUACCUAAAGUGAAUGAAAAUGAAAGAAAAAAAGCGCCCUAGUUGGGUUCAUAUAUCUACGUACGUAAGUUUUAAAGAGUUUUGCAGGUUAAAAUGGCAUUAAACUUGUAUGAUGAAACUGAAUUAUGAUCGGAAAGUGAGGAUGAUAUGGAUGUUCCUAAACCGCAGAGAUCAUGUUGCUUUGUUACUAGUUUAUAUUGUUUUAUUAUACAAUACAAUGGAUACAUAUAUAAACCACUUUUUUUGCAUAAAAAUCAAUA